AUCGGGUCUGUUGCAGUGUGUUAUGAAGUGUGUGACUUGUCGGUAUUUUUUGUUCGUAUAAACAUUGAUUUUGGAGCUUAUGUUUCCCGUGGCCCGACUUUUAAGUGUCAUGGAUUAUGGUUUUCCUUGUGUUUAUUGGUGUAGAUGACGGUUUGAGGAGUACAACUCCUCAAAUCUCACUGUGUUCGGGAGGUGGCCCGUUUUCGACAGCCUAACAUGGCUGAUAAUUUAAGUCAAAAAUCGCCAAAGGCAGGUGAGAAAACAAAAGUUAACAGCGUGUUGACACGUAUCAACAGUGACGUCGAUAAAAAUCUAACCACAUCAGCAGCAUCUCCUGUCACAACACCGAGUCAGAGAAAGAAAACACCAGCGUUUCAAAUAACGAGUGUCACAGUUUUGCCUAGUAUAAGUGCAGACGGAGGCGAAGAUUCAGCUGACGAUUUGGAUGAAUCUCACACGGAUGACACGUCCGACGUCGUAGAUAAUUCCAGAAUCACUGACAUAGAAAACGAAACUCCAAGUUUUUCGGAAGACACCUUUUCCAAAGAAGACGUAUUUUUCAACGCCACUGCAGCAUCUUUGGGAUCGGCUCCUGUUAUUCCUACAAGUUCACAAUACGGACUUGCUAUUGUCGCUAACGAAGCCGGCAGUGCAACUUCUAAUAACGGUAGUGUACCAGCAUCUAACGCCGCUGCUAAUACAACAGGUGACGUAAAGGCAGGUGCCACUGAUUCCACAAUUGCUGUCAGCAAUUCCAAUAGUGUAAACAAGCAAGAAACAGAAAUGAGGGACGUCCACGCUCCAGCUAGUAGGAACGAACGUUUUAAGGUGGUUAAAAUUGAAAGCACUGUACCCUUUAAGAGGGGCAGGUGGAUGUGUAUGGAUUAUUUGGACCAUACGAUGUCGCAGAAUCAACAAAAUUCGCAACAGGCUAUCAUAAACGUUGUUAAAAAUGUGGAUGGUGAAACAAAUACCAGCUCUGUAAAGUAUGGAACUGAUAGUGGAGUUGUGAUUACAGAUGGUCUCAUUGUUCGCAGCAUAGACAGUCAAGGUAUAACAAACCAGGAUUCUUCGAAAUCUGUAUUUGUUAACGAGCAGCAGCAGCCGCCACCAGCUGGUUAUAUGACACAACAAGGAACUACUGGGAACUUUACACCAGGCCAGAGUGUAAACAUCUCUCUUUCUCCUGGACAAACACUGCAACAGCCGUAUGUGGCAACAAGUCAGCAAAAUAACACACUUAUUACACAGGUUCCACAGCAAAAUUUGCAGCAACAACAGCCACAGCAACAGCCACCGAUGUUGCAGCAUCAGAUGUCAGUGAUAGCUCAACAACAGCUACAACAACAGCAUCCAGCACAGGUACCAGCCCAGAAUGUUCCCAUGCAUCACACCCAGAGCAUGUCACAGGUCCCUAUGCAGCAUAAUGUAAUACCUGGUCAACAUCAACAGUCUGCUCAGCACCAGAGUUUACCUCCACAACAGUUUCAACAGGUAAUGUCUACUGCCAAUUCCCAAUAUAUUCAUCAGCAGCAGAACUUGCCAGCAGGACAACAGGUGCACCAGCCUCCAAAUAUAACUGCAAAUCAGCAAAUGUACCAUCAGUCCCUGCCACCAGCCUCUUCGCAGCAGCAGAUUUCACAAGCAGCAUACAUACCACCACCUACACAACCAGUGCAGCAGCAACAGCAGGUUCCUACUGGCUUGAUAACUGUUCAACAAGGUCUUCCACAACAGAUAAUAGUUCAGCAACAACCACCACAACAACAGCAGCAGCAGCAAAUGCAAGCCACUUAUUAUACCCCACCACCACAAGGUGUGUCUGCUCAGGCCACUCAGCAAGGAGUAAUCACAAUGGGCCAAGUUCAGCAAGGAGUUAAUGUUGUUUCACAGCCUCCGUCAGUUGUGUCACAGCCAAGUAUCAUCCAGACUUCAGCUGCCAGUCAGACGAAAGUGCCAGUUCAAGGUCAGCAACAGCCACAAACCAUUCCUUUAUCUCAGCCGUCUGCUACACAGCAAGUAUCAAACAGUGUUCCAAUGUCUGCUCCAGUGAUUUCACAGAAGGCACAUCUUCCACCGAUUCAGAUAGUGAAUUCACAAAUCCCACCAUCACAGGAUCAAGUACAACAGCAUAUUCCUGUCUCACCGCAGCCUCAGCUGCAGCCACAACAGCAAAUACCAUUACAGCCACAAGUACCAGUGCAACAGCAACAGAUGGCACCUAAUCAGCAACAUAUUCCUCAGAUCCACCAGCAGCAAAUUAUUAAUCAGCAAAUAACUCCACAGCAACAGCCACCAGUACACAGCUCAAAUUUGCAACCUGUGCAGCAACAAGUGCAUAGCAUACAGCAGCCGCAACAACAGCAGCCGCCUCAGCAACCAACGUCACAACAGCAGCAGCCACUGCCUCAGCAACCACCUCCACCACAGCAGCAGCAGGGACAGCAGCCAGCCAGUGUUAUGGGGCAGCAGCCUAUGAUUCCUGUGCAAACAUCUGUUCCUAUGUCCACUAUUACUGGACCAGCACAGCAGAUGUAUUCAAAUAGUGCUACACCAGUGCAAUCGUAUGCAAAUCCACAACCUGUCACUGUCACAACUGCUAGGACUCCAGUUAAUCCAGUGCUGCAACAUCAAGUCUCUGCAAGUGGUGUUGGUGCAACAAAUAUAAGUGUGGCUUCAAAUUUACCAAAUGUGGUGGAUCCAAACUCAGGUACAGUGAUUGGUAUUGUCAGUAAUCCUGCUGAAAACCAAAUUUCCCAGCCAGAAAUUAAUGCUGCCAAAACUGAGUCCCAUGAGAUUGGAAAAAAUGCCGAGGAGAAGCAGACUGCCAUUGCCCCAGUUGAGGACCAAGAAAGCGUGAACGCCCUGGCGGUGGCGGUGGCGCUGGCGCCGAAGCGUCCGCGGGAACUGGUGCCCGAUGCGGGGGCGGCGGGGGCGGCGCUGGGUGCGCGCGGCCCGCCCCCCAACACGCCCCUCAGCAGGGCCGCCUCCCCGGUGCCGCCGGCGGACGCGCCCGCCGCCGACAAGCAGCAGCAGCACAGUGCCUCCGGUACCAGCGCAGUUGCCAUCGAUAACAAGAUUGAACAAGCAAUGGAUCUCGUGAAAAGCCACCUCAUGUUCGCAGUGAGGGAGGAAGUCGAAGUACUGAAGGAACGUAUCGCAGAGCUCAUGGACCGAAUCUGUCAGCUCGAGACGGAAAACACGAUCCUGAAAGCGCACGCCUCUCAGGAAGCCCUGGCGCAGUUGGGCCUAAAUAAUCAGGGCCAGCAACAGCAACAACCUCCGUCUCAGCAGCAGCAGCAGCAGCAGCUACAACAGCAGCAGCAGCUACACCAGCAGCAGCAACAGCAGCAGCAGCAGCAACAGCAACAGCAGCAGCAGCAGCAACAACAGCAACAGCAGCAGCAGCAGCAAUUGCAACAACAACAACUCCAACAGCAGCAGCAGCAGCUGCAGCAACAUCAGCAGUUGCAACAACAGUCGUCAGUGCAGCCACAGCAGCAACCUCAGCAACAGCUGCAGGGAAAGGCACUGAAUGGCACUCUCCCGUAAUUGUAUCCUAAACCCCACUGUGGUAUUCUUGUUCCCACACACUAGUCAGCUGGGAGCUGGCAAAAAGGGCAAAGACUUUAUGCUUAUUGCAGUUCUCCUCAGCCUGUCAGCUUGCAGUGAUACUGCUCCACUGUUUGUGUAAAUCUGAAGAUGCUCGUUACUUUGAUUGUUUUAGUUAAUAUAUGUAAUGUCAAGUUUUCCAAGUAUUACUGUACUGUUGAAACGGCAGGGAACCUGGUUGCUAAGAAAUGGAGCACUCACACUAGUAGAUAUCCCAUACCAUACGUACUGCAAAACUUGUGGGUAUCUUCUGUCUGCCUUUCUUUGCUCUGAAAGAGAGAGAGAGAGAGAGAGAGAGAGAGAGAGAGUGUGUGUGUGUGUGUGUGUGUGUGUGUGGACACGCAGGUGUGUGCACAUAAUAGAAUCUCAGUUUCUGUUUAAACAGUUAUUUAAGGAAGGACUGUGGUGCUGCCAUUAUGUAUGAAGUGAUUGGUUUGGAGACAGGAAAGAAGACUGUUUUAUACUAGGCAUUUUAUGUAAAUUAGUGAGAUGCAGAAAUUAAUGUCUCGGAAAUGUACACGAAAGGAGUGUAUUACGUGUUUGAAAGAGUAUUGCUGCGUUCACUUCGAGAAACUGGCUGUUAGUAGAUGUGUAAUAGUCUCUCUGUUGAAUCUAUCAACUGCUAAAAAUGUCCACUGUUUUAUGGGUUGAGUAAGUGUUGUGUAUUUUGGAUAUUAAGUUUUCAUGUUUAUGGAUUUUUGCUGAAGAAAAUAACAUAGCUUUGGUGGUGUUGAAUGAAUUUUACUGAAAUGUGGUCUGAAUGUAGAAACCACAUGACUUCAAAGAUGAUAUUCUGUCAGCUCAGAUUUCAUUUCAGAACAACAGUAGUUGCAAUGUAACUGGAAUGGAGUGAGAUUUGCAUUGAACCCUCAUACAGAGUUUAAAAAAUUAGUACAUGCUUUUGCCCCACAAUUAUGCUAACUUGAAACACUAUUGUAUAUUUAUGGAGGGCAUGUCACUAUGGCUGUGCUAAUAAGAUAAUUAAUUUUUUAAUGGUUCUCGUGUAAAUAUUGUAGUGUCGAACAGUGUAAAUCCCGCCCUCCAUAUAGUAUAUUGUUAGUGGUACAUUUUGUAUAAUUGAGUUAGGAUAAUUCGUUUUCUUCUACCGUGUAAGCACUAACUGCUCAAGAAAUGUUAAACUUUAAUUCACCAAAAUGUUGUUGAAGCAAGAAGUUACAGAAGCAGAAUUGAUUACUUACUGCAGUUAAUGCAACUAACGACACCUAAUACAAUAUAAAUCUUAAAUUUUCUACUGUUUAUAGGACACAAAAGUUUUGCGGCAUAUCACAUUGUAAUUCUAAUGCGUACUUUUAGAAGUAAAAUAAAAAAAAUUAAAAAAAAUAUAAUUUCUAUCUGCCACAUACUACUCUGUCUGGUGGAGCACAUAGAAGAGGUUUCUUGUAAUUAAUUAUGAUUGUUUGACACUUUCUAACCAUAGUUUUUCCAAGUGAGAUUUGCCUUAUACAGUGCUGCUUAUGGUUGCUUUAUUGAGCUCCACAAAAUGUGAUUUAAUGUCUUUAAUGCGAAAUACUUGCUUUCAAAAGAGUAGAAAUUUGUAAUUUUUGAUUGAGCAAACACUGUAAGUUACAGUAACUGAAAAAUGACUUCUCAUUAUGCCUCUGAAAACUCCUAAGAACCAUUCUCCGAAGCAGUGCAGUACUUAUUCACGAUUAUUAAGAAAUGUGUGACAUUAUUUACCAUGUGCACAGUUUUAUUUGACAAUGAAAAUUCAACAGUAACAAUAACGAAAAUCACUAACAGUCUUAAUCAAUGUAAAAAUAUGCUAGUGUCUUAUAGAGUGAGACGUAUAUUUUAAAAAAAAGUGAUUUUUAAUUGUACAGUGUGACUGUGUACAGAUGACUGUUCGAGGCCAGCUGUGGACUGUUGCUGGGCCUUAGUGUGUUUUGUAAUUAGUGUCAGUUGUUACAUGUUAAGUUAUCAUGCAUUGGAAGUAUUGGAAGACAGAUGCUUUAUCUUCUUUGUGGCAACAUAUACAAAUGUAUUUCUGUAUAUAUACUUUUAUUCAGCUACUUUUGUCAACUGGCGAUAAAACUGAUUUGAGCAAAACAAUGCUUGAGACAUGGUUCCUUAUUAUUAUUGUCAGCUUGAUUAUUAAUAAAAAAUCUUUAAAUAAAUUUUA